UUACAGUUUCAAAAGUGAAGAAAAGGGUCAAACCAGGGAGAGAGAGAGAGAGAGAGCGAGAGAGAGAGAGAUGUCGUUUGAUGCAUUCAGCAACGAUGGAGACGAAGGGGUGAGGAGCUCCACUCGCCCCUUCGACGACGAUGGAUACUUAGGCUACGAUCCUCGUUUGCCGUCCCAGCGUUACGAAUCUUACUCGAAUUUCGCCGCAGAGGAAGAAGGCAAAGUGGAAGAUGUAAUCGACGAUGAACCUCCACCUUCAUCUGGUUAUCAUGAAGAUUUCCCCGCCGAAGAUGAGGUUUCAGUUCAUCACGUCUCCCAUUCUGUCGACGGUAUUCCACCUUCUCCUGAAAUCUAUGGCUUCGAUGUUCCGAAUCCCGAUUAUUCGUCUUCUUCUCCAUUCUCUGGAAUGCCCCAAUCGAAUGGGAAUGGGAAGCCUUACGACAUUGGUGCUGACGACGAUGGUUUAUUCACAUCCGACGGGCCCAUGCUUCCUCCUCCGGAAGAGAUGCAGGAGGAAGGAGCUGCUCUUCGCGAAUGGCGCCGCCAAAAUGCCAUUCAUCUCGAGGAGAAGGAGAAGAGGGAGAAGGAGAUGCGGACCCAGAUUAUCAAGGAAGCUGAAGAUUAUAAGCAAGCUUUCUAUGAGAAAAGGAUACUUAACUGUGAGACCAACAAAGCUAAUAAUAGAGAAAGAGAGAAGCUUUACUUGUCUAAUCAAGAGAAGUUCCACAAAGAAGCGGACAAGCAGUACUGGAAAGCAAUAGCAGAGCUCAUCCCUUACGAGGUCCCCAAUAUUGAGAAGAGGAGAGGAAAGAAAGAGCAAGAAAAGAAACCAUCAAUUGUUGUCAUCCAAGGUCCAAAGCCUGGGAAGCCCACUGAUCUUUCAAGGAUGCGGCAGAUACUCUUGAAGCUGAAGCACGCACCUCCACCUCACAUGAUACCUCCCCCACCUGCACCUGCAAAGGACGGUAAGGAAGCCAAGGAUGGCAAGGAUGGUAAGGAAGUCAAGGAUGGGAAGGAUGUCAAAGGUGGAAAGGAUGCUUCACCAACAGCGGUGAAAGCAGCAGGAGGAGACACACCUGCUGCUAAAGACAUUGCCAUUAAUGGUGUCCCAGACUCGUCCACUCAGGAGGCUCCUGCUGCAAUGGAGGACCACCCUGCUACAGAGCCCGAGCCAGCCUCCCAUGCAUGAUUGUGAUAGCAUAAUGGAACUAUUACCAGAGGUUGAUUGAUGCAUUAAUGUAAUCUUCUUUUUUUUUUUCUUUUUUCAAUGCAGAUAAUCAAACAGGUGGUUUCAACCCUGGAUGGUUCAUAUGAUUGGUAUUGUACUUGGUUAGGUCCUUUGAAGUUUGGCAACCCACAGGCUUUACGAGUGUACCACGCUGGUACCUUCUUUUGAAAGGGUUUUUCUUGAUUGAAGAAUGCAUUUAUAAUCAGAUUGGCAAUGUUCACAA